UCUUAGGCGGCUUGGUGUGAGACAAGCCUUCCAGCCGGUGAUUCAUUUAUCCCUUACGGCAAGCAAUCUCAAAUUUUAUGCAGAGUUUGCGCCUAUCUACGCGGCUUGGCCUCUACUAUCUUCCGCCGUAGUAAAAUAUUAAUCUAGGCUUUCUGCUAAAGUCGCAGAUAUUCGGUAACUAUCUGACUAUUUGGAGGCGACGCGAACAAGACGAUGGCAUCAGUAUGGUGGAAAAGUACACUAUAUCCUUCCGAACAGUUCGUUGAGGCGUGUGGAGCAAUUGUAUUUGACGCCACCGCCAAUCCUAAGAAAGUUCUUCUGCAACACUAUAGCACGGAGGACGAAUGGCUACUACCGAAGGGAAGACGGAACUGCAACGAAUCCCGCAAAGAUACGGCCAAACGAGAAGUCCGCGAAGAAACCGGCUAUGCAAUCCGACUGCGCCCGUUAACUAUGGCCACUCGGGCACCUUCCGAUAUAGAAUCAGCCGACGUCAAAGAUAUAGCUCGUACAUAUGACAGUCUCACCGAGCCUUUUAUGCUGGAUGUUCGAGAUUUGGGAAAUGGAAAGGGGGUGAAGUUGGUCUGGUGGUUCAUUGCAGACGUAGAUGGUAUCGUGGGCAAGGGAGAAGUCCAGUUCAAGCCCGAGUUCGUUCAGUGCGACAAGGCCGUCGAGAAGCUGACAUUUGAGAAGGAUCGCGAGGUUCUCACGAAGGCAUUGGAGCUUAUAGAGCUCUCAGGGGAAUAGUUUUAAGGAAACUUGCGCGGGAGUGGGUAAUGGGCGACCACGUGAGCCCCG